AUGAAGCUACAGUGGCAUGGAUGUAGCUACAAUGCCCUGAAUGCGGCAGGCGAAGCGGAGAACAUCAGUAGAAUGACAGCGACAAGGAAACGAAGGAAGGGACGGGAGGCAAAAGCCAAUAACAGCGAGAAAGAUGAAAGGGAGCGCGGUAUGAAAGGUUGA